CAAGACGACUUUUGAAACUUUUCCCAAUCCCUAAAAGGGACUUUGCCUCUUUUUCCGGGCUCAGCAGGGCUGCCACUCUGGACCCCGGCUCGCUGAUCCUCAGGGCUGCCGAUUUGCUGGGGGGCUUGGAGAGCCACCCUCCCGCCCCUGGCGCGGACCGAGAGACCAGCCUCUGUCCACUACGCGCGUGGCGUCUCCGCUCCGUGCCCCGCCGCUCGCCUGAGCUGCCACCCGCCGGUCCCGAGAGCGAGCGAGCGAGCAAGCAGGGGCUGGCGCUGCGCUCGCCGGGGCGCGCCCUCCAGGAUGCUGAUCCGCCCGGUCCGCUGAAAACAAGCGCGGCUUCUCCGCCCGAAGGCGGGCGCCCAGCGCCGGCGCCUCCUCCAGCUCGCCCCUGAAGCUUCCAGGCGCCCGGGGCUCCCCCCGCCGGCUCCCUUCCCCUGUCUCUUGCUCUCGCUCUCUCUCUAGCUCUCUCUCCCUCUCUGUCGCUCUCGCAGGGCCUUCUCCGCGGUCGGUGCGCGCAGGCAGGGGCGAGCCGUCUCGGACGCAGCAUGCAGGCGCGCUACUCCGUGUCCGACCCCAACGCCCUGGGAGUGGUCCCCUACUUGAGCGAGCAGAAUUACUACCGGGCGGCGGGCAGCUACGGCGGCAUGGCCAGCCCUAUGGGCGUCUACUCGGGCCACCCGGAGCAGUACGGCGCGGGCAUGGGCCGCUCCUACGCGCCCUACCACCACCACCAGCCCGCGGCGCCCAAGGACCUCGUCAAGCCGCCCUACAGCUACAUCGCGCUCAUCACCAUGGCCAUCCAGCACGCGCCCGAAAAGAAGAUCACCCUCAACGGCAUCUACCAGUUCAUCAUGGACCGCUUCCCCUUCUACCGGGAGAACAAGCAGGGCUGGCAGAACAGCAUCCGCCACAACCUCUCGCUCAACGAGUGCUUCGUCAAGGUGCCCCGCGACGACAAGAAACCGGGCAAGGGCAGCUACUGGACCCUGGACCCCGACUCCUACAAUAUGUUCGAGAACGGCAGCUUCCUGCGGCGCCGGCGACGCUUCAAGAAGAAGGACGUACCCAAGGAGAAGGAGGAGCGGGCCCACCUCAAGGAGCCGCCCCCCGCAGCGUCCAAGGGCACCCCGGCCGGGCCCCCCCUAGCGGACGCCCCCAAGGAGGCCGAGAAGAAGGUGGUGAUCAAGAGCGAGGCGGCGUCGCCGGCGCUGCCGGUCAUCACCAAGGUGGAGACGCUGAGCCCCGAGAGCGCGCUGCAGGGCAGCCCGCGCAGCGCGACCUCCACGCCCGCCGGCUCCCCAGACGGCUCGCUGCCGGAGCACCACGCCGGCGCCCCCAACGGGCUGCCUGGCUUCAGCGUGGAGAACAUCAUGACGCUGCGAACGUCGCCGCCCGGCGGCGAGCUGAGCCCCGCGGCCGGACGCGCGGGCCUGGUGGUGCCACCGCUGGCGCUGCCCUACGCCGCCGCGCCGCCCGCCGCCUACGGCCAGCCGUGCGCGCAGGGCCUGGAGGCCGGGGGCGCCGGGGGCUACCAGUGCAGCAUGCGCGCCAUGAGCCUGUACACCGGGGCCGAGCGGCCGACGCACAUGUGCGUCCCGCCCGCGCUGGACGAGGCCCUCUCGGACCACCCGAGCGGCCCCACGUCGCCCCUGAGCGCCCUCAACCUCGCCGCCGGCCAGGAGGGCGCGCUCGCCGCUGCUGGCCACCACCACCAGCAUCACGGCCACCACCACCCGCAGGCGCCGCCGCCCCCGCCGGCUCCCCAGCCCCAGCCGGCGCCGCAGCCCGGGGCCGCCGCGGCCCAGGCGGCCUCUUGGUAUCUCAACCACAGCGGGGACCUGAACCACCUACCCGGCCACACUUUCGCGGCCCAGCAGCAGACUUUCCCCAACGUCCGGGAGAUGUUCAACUCCCACCGGCUGGGGAUUGAGAACUCGGCCCUCGGGGAACCCCAGGUGAGCAGCAACGCGAGCUGUCAGCUGCCCUAUAGAUCCACGCCGUCUCUCUACCGCCACGCAGCCCCCUAUUCCUAUGACUGCACGAAAUACUGACCUGGCCCGCCCCUCCCCUGCCCCGGCCCGCUCCGGCUUCGCCUCCCAGGCCCGACUCGCUCAGACAGUUCAGGCUGCAGAGACGCAGGAAGAACCAAAACUUGUCCGCCAGCUUCUUUCUCAGACCGGGAGCAGAGCGCGCGCGCCGGCCUCGGCCCUCUGCGAAGCUGCAGGUAACUGUAAUUCGCCGCCCGGUUUCCGAGAUUCCAAGAAGCCCCUGUAAAGGGACGCGGCCCAACGAAAUGAAUCUUGAUUUUUAAAAUCCCUCUCCCCUACCAGGAUGGCUGUGCUCACCGCUCCACUCGGGGUUUCAAAAAUAAGUUAUGGACCAAAUCCCAUAGCCACCCAGUAAUGCCUCUCUGUAGAGACCCCCAUAGGUUUAUGGGGGGUCUCUAUAGAUUAUAUAUGUGCUGUGUGUAAUUUUGAAUUUCUCUAACCGUGCUGUAUAAAUGUGUGGAUUUGUAAUCAGGCUAUUUUUUGUUGUUGUUCAGAGCCAUUAAUAUAAUAUUUAAAGUUGAGUUCACUGGAUAAUUUUUCAUCUUGCCCAACCAUUUCUAACUGCCAAAUCGAAAAUUCAAGAAACCUAUGUGGGAUAUUUUUCCCCCUGUACAAUUAUGAGAUAUGAUUCUUUUCCCAGGUCUAGGUCUUUUACCAAACAGGAAAAUAAUUUAUUUUUUGUUGUUGUUGGCGGAUAAAGUCAAGUAUCUGAUACUUUUUAUUUGCAAAGUGUGAUGGUUGUGUAUAGUAGAUGCCUCCCUGAGCAUUCCUAAAAGAAAAAAAAAACCUUAAAAAAAUUUAACUUCACCUGUGUUUGUCUUAUGUGGUCUUAAUUGUUGUACUUACCUUAAAAUAAACCCAUGUUGUUUUUCUGCCCAAA